ACAAGAAGAAGAAGAAAAAGAUCAACGACAUCAACAACAACAACAUAAAGAAGCUGAAAUUGAAACUCGACAACAACAACAUCAGCGACGAAGACGACGAGAACAAGAAAAUCAUUGUGAAAAUAGUGAAAAAGACAGCGAAGACGAAGGAAAUUAUAUUGAAGAGUUAGCAGAGCUGAUCUCGGCAGCAGGCAAUUUUAAUGAAAUGAACUCACUAUCGGUCAAGCCGGACAAGUGUGCCAUAUUACAGGAGACUGUUAAACAGAUACAGAACAUCAAUAAACAAAAUUUAACAACCGAUGAUCUUCAAGCAUCGGAAGUCUCCUCAUCCAAACCCAACAUAUUGCCACCGGAUCUGAAUUCAUUGCUAUUGGAUGCAUUGGAUUGUUUCCUAUUCACAUUGAAUGCCGAUGGUUAUGUUGAAUAUAUUAGUGAAAAUGUUAACCAAUAUCUUAAAUUCACUCAGAGUGAAGUGAUUAACAAGUCAAUAUUUGAUAUUUUGCAUCCAGACGAUCAUCCACGUUUCAAUGCAUUAUUAUUGCCAAUGGCAAUUGGCAACAAUGGAAGACGACUAUCUUCGAAUAAUAAUAAUGUUAAUAAUUCUCAGUGUUGGCCAUCUUCAACCACCGCCAAUAAUAACAUUAAUUCUGGCACAAACAAUAACAGUAAUUCUUCAUCAUCCAUGCUUGAUCAAUCACAGUUAAUUCGAAACAAUAAUAAUAAUAACAAUGAAAAUUCAUCAUCAACAUUGACAACUAAUUCCGCCAACUCUUUUUCAUCAUCGUCGUUGAAUCAGAAUUUAUCGACAACGUCAUCAAAUAACACUUCCACGUCGUUGUCUUCAAAUCAAUCGCACCAACAACAGAAUUCCAUCCAUUUAACCGGUAAUUUAGCUACAUCCGGUACAACUAAUGUGUCUUCAGGUUCAACCAAUCAAUCUGCCAAUCAAUCAUCAUCUUCAUUAAAUCCUAAUACUUGCUCAGGAUCAACAUCAUCAUCAUCUAGCUCAUCAUCAUCUUUGAUUGGAACAUUGACUAGCUUGAACCAAAGCAGUAACCACAAUGAAUUCAAUUCAUUCAAUUCAAGAUUUUUGGUCAAAUCCGAAGGACUAAUGCAUUCAAGUGAAAAUGAUGAUGAUGAUUAUGGUGAUGAAAACUUUGGUGAUGAUGAACUUUCCACUCGUGAUAAUGAUGAUUUUUUGGAUAGUUUAAAUUUCGAUGAUAAUGAAGCAUUGGCUCAAAACGAUGAUUCAUCGGUAUUAGAUUCGGAUCUAGCUGCUGUUUUAGAUGCGGCACAAGCCGAAUCAUCGUCAUCAUCAACAAUGUCAAUGGCAAAAUUAAAUCAUAGUAAUCAGGUUAUUGCUAAACAAAAACAACGUCUAUUGUUGCUCAAACAACAAAAACGUAAACAAAAAUUGCAACAAAAAGAAUCAUCCAAUCUAGAAUCAUGUUUACCUCAAUACGAAUUGAUGCAAGUGAAUACCAAGUUUAUUUCGAAUUCUGAAUCCAAACAAAUCGAUUCACUAAGCACGACCUUGAGUUUAAACAAUUCUACAUUUGUUGGAUUCUCUAGUCCUGGUACAGCUGGCGGUCACCAAAUGACGGAAGACUCACGCGUACUAUGUGUUGCACGUCGUCUGCCGAAUUCGGAGCAACAUUCAUCGGGAAAUUCUGGUCAAACAAAAUGUCAGAUAAAACAUUUCAGUACACGUCUGGAUAUGUAUGGAUGUGUUACACAUGUAGACUGGUCUACAUUGUCUUCGAAUAAUAUCCAAAUACAGCGGCAAAUAUCCCAUCUACAAAAUAAUUUAAAAGCAAAUCGAUUAUUUCAUGAUUCUGUGCAUAAGGACGAUCUGAAUAAAGUUCAACAACAUCUUAAGGACGCCAUUAUUAAUGCCGGUGGUUCAUCGCCGGCUGCUGUAUCAAAAUCUUAUCGUCUCAAAGUUGGUCCAGAUCAAUAUGCAAAAGUUUUGACCAAAACAAAAUUAUUAAAAAAUAAUUUCAUGAUGUCCAAGCAUACCAUCUUUUUUGAACAGAAUUCAUUAUCACCAAUGAAAAAAGAGGAAGAUGAUCAAUCAAUAAUUGAAAAUCGUUCAAAUACGAAUUUGUCUGGUAAUUUCAACAAUAUUGGUGGAAAUCACAAUAUUGGAUCUUCACCUGCUGCAACACAGGUUAGUAAUGAACAGCCAAAUCGUACAACCAGCAGCAACGAUUCUCUACAACAAACCACAUCCUCUUCAUCACAAUCUAUGUCGACGACCAAUAAUCCUCAACAACACGAUUCAGCAACAACGCAGCAAAAUUUACAUCAGCAGCAUCAAUUCUCAUCAUCAACUGCAUCCACAUCAGGAUUAUCUGCUUGUGUAACAUCAUCUGGGAUGUUAAAUUCAAAUCAUCAAAUCACUACGAAUCCAAUGAUGCAAAAUCAUCAAUGGUCAAAUAAUCAAUUUCAACAACCUCAGGCUCCACCAGAUUUAUCAUCAUCGUCAUCGUCAUCAAUGCAAAUGCAACAAUCAAAUGUUGCCUAUUCAUCAGCAUCUCAAUUUAAUAAUCCAUUGACCACAUUAACCUCAUCAGCAUCUUCAUCAUCUACUGCUGUUUCAGCAACACCGACAGUGAUCGAUUUGAAUCUUGAUGAUUUUGAUGAAAUGUUUUCGAGUAGAUGGGAAUUCAGUGAUACAAAUCCAUCAUCAAAUGCAAUGAUUCGACAGCAAGAAGAGCCAACAACAACUGUGGAAAACAUUGCCUUAUCAUCAUCAUCAUUAUCAUUUUCAUCUUCUUUAGUGAAUCCUCGUCAAAUUUAUACAUCCGUUCCUUUCACUUCAUCAAUGUCGAUGAUGAUUAAUACAAGUGCCGCAAAUGGUAAUCCACAACAAAUGACGAUGAUCUCAUCACAGCCGCAAAUGUUCUCAUCAUCUAAUUCAACGAUUGGUGGUAGUAAUUCGGUACAGCAAGGCAUAACUGUACAAUCUUCCUUUGGAAUUGGACAACUAGGACAGAACAAUCAGCAACAGAUGAUUAUGACCUCUGCAAAUAAUAGUGAUCAACAACAGCAUAGAGUGAUAAUGGAUGAUAAGCUCAGAAAUUUGCUCACUAGUGGUCCAAAUUCUUCAUUAGGUAUUGGUACAUUAGAUAAUGAUCAGGUUUCGGAAUUCUCCUCAAACGACAAUAAUAUUCUAAGUCAUCAAAAUAAUAAGAACAAUAAAACUAGUUCAGUACAACAUUCAUCAAACAAUAGUAACAGUAGUGAUAAUAUUUUGCGUGAAUUAUUAGAUAAUGCAGAUGAUCUAAAUAUUGGUGCUGGUGAUUUAACGGGUGAUAUUCGAACGAGCAGUAAUGAUGAAUCGGAAUCCACUUUAUCACAUUUAUCCGGAUGUAAUAGCUCAUCUACGACGACGACAAACACCGCAUCAAUAGGAUCGGCAUCAAGUUUUGUCGAUCUAUUGAACGAUACGAAAUCUAUGAUUGUCAAGUCAAGUAAUCAAUUGACAAUGACAACAGCCACCAAUACGACUGCUUCUUCAUCAUCUAAUAACAUGUUACGUAUGUUACUAAAUGAUGAUGAUUGUGUCAAAUCGACCACAAAUCAAUCAACACGCGGAAUGAAAUUAGCCAAUGUGAAUAAAAAUUCACAAAAUGAUGUGUUAGUGGAACAUUUGUUAAAAGAUCAACAACAUCUGCCUCAGGAUUCAUCCAACACCACUCCUGGUAAUAAUCAGAAAUCAACGUUUGAAUUGAAUUCUUUGCUUUCAUCCAACAACGAAAAUGGUUGCGCUAUGCAACAACAACAACAACAACAAUAUAAUUUCAAUCUUAAUAAAAGAAAAUCACCGUUUGAUCAGAAUGAAGUCUAUCAGAUGCAAGAUUCUGAAUCUAAACGAAUGGCAAUCGGUUUAGCGAACAUUACUACAUCCACUUCAUCGAAUAGUGUUGGUGUUGUUAAUAAUACUAAAACGACACAUAAAUUAUUGGCCUAUCAGAAUCCAAUGUUAGCUUCAAUGUUGGCUAAAACGCCUACAUCAUUACCAGAAGAAAAAAUUCAAACAAUUCCACCAUCAAUGAUCUCAUCGACACCGGAUAUUAAAUUACCACCUAAUCUAGACAAAAAAAUUAUACCAACACCACCAACUACAGGGACAAGCACUAUUCAGUCAACACAACAAAUACAACAAACACAUUCAAAUCAACAUCAACAACAUCAUAUUACACUACAUCAAGCGAAUUCAAUGCAGCAACAACAACCGAUCCAAAAUAUUCAAUUACAAAUUCAACAGCAUGCUCAACAGCAACAACAUUUAAUUACAACAAUUGUUCCGGGCAGUUCGACCAGUAUGGUAUCAGCACCUAUAGCUAUCAAAUCUGGUCAACAGCAACAACAAAUUUAUCAUACUAAUCAAAGCCAAUUACAGCAACAGAUUAAGCAGCAGCAACAGAUUGCUGCAGGUGGAAAUCUCGUUCAACGAUUACAAUUGAGACAGCAACAGAUCAACAAUAAUUCAGACUUACAACAAUUGUUACAGCAACAACUACAACAACAACAACAGCAGCAACAACAACCCGUUCUUCAACCGCAAACAACAAUGUCGGUUGGUCAGCAAAUCGUUCAACAGCAACAGCUUCAAUUAAAGCAACAACAGCAGCAACAACAACAAACCGGUACUGGUCAACAAGCGACAAAUUUUUUGACCCAAAUUUUGACAACUGCAUCAAAUAAUCCUCAACCAACAUCUAAUAAUGUACUAGGUUCUGCUAAUAAUUGUGGUACAAUGGUUGGUAAUACCAUGAUUUCUAAAGGUGGUAUGUUAACAUUAACAGCGACCACGAAUCAAUGUGUCACCAUGCUACGUAACGUAUCAAAAAUUCAACAACAGCAAGGAGCUACAAUGACAAUUCAACCACAAUCAGUAACACAACAACAACCGAUUGGUGUUGGAUUUAUUCACACAUUAUCCGGUGGACAACAGCAAUUAUCAUCACAACAGCAUGCGAUUGUAACUCAUCAACAACAGAUUUCAACGAAUCCACAACAACAAAUUACGACAACGGCCCCUGUGAUUGCAUCUCAAUCGAAUCAUCACAAUCUGGCUCCAAAUAAUAGUAAUAACAAUGCUGGUCUAAUGAAUGAUUCGAUCGAUCUGGAAGAUCCCGCUUUGAUUUCACAGAUUUUGGAUGAAGUAAUAGAACUUCAAGAUGAUACAAUGAUUGGCGUCAAUGCAUCAUCAACAUCUUUGAUCGUGAAUAAUGUUAAUCAAUUGAAUAAUAAUCCUAAUAAUAAUGGUGCUGUUGGUGUUGGAAACGUGAUGAAUAUCAAUAAUCAACCUUCAUUGAGUUCAUUGCUCUCCAAUACGGCUAAUAUGGCAAACGUUAGUGGUGGCAAUGCUUGCAACAUUACUACCACUGUCAAUCGUCGUAUCAACAAUGAUAUCGGUCUGAUUGCAUCAGGUUUAGCCGAUUCUACUGGCAGUCUUACUCAAGUUAAUUCUAUCACUACAAACGAGCAACAAGCUAUUAGUGAAAUACGUAAAGAAUUGAUGAAAGUGGAAAAUCAACAAAACGUCAAUACAGCAAAUCAUCAGAUAUUUUCAUCGAAUAAUUCACAGCCACCUACACCUCAAUCACCGAUGUUGACGAAUGUUAUUGGCAGUCAAUCAUCUAUUCAACAACAACAUUCUGUUCUAUCGGCUGGACAGCAACAACAAGUACCACCACCGAAUUAUCAACCACCUCCAUCCUAUCCUCAGGUAUCGAAUACUUUCAUCAAUAAUAAUCCUCAACCAUCUAUCAGUUCACAGGUUAAUCGUGUGAUGUCUCAAUCGUCGGCAACUAUGCAACAAUUGAUGCAACAACAAAGAGCCAAUGUUAGUAUGAUGAAUUCUCGUAUCGGGCAGCAACAGCAAUCGAAUGCUGCAGUUAUGCAAAGAGUUGCUGCCAUGCAGCAAGUUUCUGGAACCGGUAAUACAUAUCUUGUCGGUCCGACAACAACGGCAACAAACACGGGUCAACAACAGCAAAUUCAAUUUGUGCGAAUGUCCAAAGGAGCGGUUAAUUCUGGAUUGACCGGAACCCAAUCUAUUGUUCUUGGCCAAGGACCUCCUAAUUUAAAUGUCGCUCAUAAACGAUUAUUAAUGCAUCAAGAACAACAAGAUUUCAAUGUUAAACCAUCAGAUGGAGGAUUCGAUAUAAACGGAUUGAAUUCAAUAAAUAACACUGUAGCACCAAAUGUUCAGAUUACCGUCAAACCUCGACAAGCCAUGCCAUCACAACAACAAGCGACAGCACAACAAGAUAUAAUUGUUACACAAAUGUCUCCAAGAUAUGUCAUUGGCAGUAAUAAUAAUACCAGCGGUAAUAUUCAAGUGCCUUCUACACCUCCAAUACUACCUCAAUCUCCAGUGCCGGGUUCUACACAAGUUCUUAGUCCAAGUCCGGUACAAGGCCCAACUUCUACAGGUGUUGUAUCGCGUGGAAAUAAUAAUGGUCCAGUAUCUUAUAAUCAUAGCGUUUCAUAUACUACAAGUCCGCAAACCACAUUAGCAACUGCCAGUUGUGGCAAUGGUCAACAAGUUCCAUCGCCAUUUUCUUCUACGAAUCAUAUGUCACCCGGUCAUUUUGUUACCGGUAAUUCGAAUAUGACUACAUCAGCAUCACCAUCGCCAGCACCACCACAAUCGCCAAUGUUGGUGCCAUCACCACAAUCGGUAAAUAAUCAACCGAUUACACAGAUUAGCUGGCAACAACAAGCAUCACCAGCUGCAUCUGCCCCUAAUCGAAUUUCAUCUGGUAAUCAUAACGUACCAUCACCAGCUCAACAAGUAUUGUCACCAUCAGGACCACCUACAAUGCCUAAAUCUCCAGUUACAGCUCCUAAUCUUGUAUCUAUACAACAGCAAACUAAUCCAAUGCUGAAUGCUCAGCUUUCAUCAGUUGGUCUUCAAAGAUUUUCUCGUUCUACUCGACCGCAAGGACCUCGAUUUUUUCCAUCAAGACAAGGACAAUUUUCAAUGCAAGCAACUGCUGUUCAACAACAGCCACAAAAUAAUGGAGAUCUAACACAACAAUUCAUUAGUCAACAAAAUCAUCAUCAACAGCAACAACAACAACCGAUGACCAUAUCAAAUAUUCCACAUUUAGUGCAGCCGCGACGUUUGACAUUACGAAUGCCUAUACAAACACAGCAAAUUCAACAACAGCAACAGCAAUCGUUUACCAUUAAUACUCAAACGAAUGUCAAAUUAUCCAUACAAUCACAGCAACAAAUAACGGCCAGUGUUGUUGAUAAUAGUUUUGUUGGGAUCAGUGGUGCCAAUAAUGGCAAUAAAAUAAGUCCCACCUCGGCUAUGUUUUCUCAACAGCAGCCCCAAAUAUCCCAACAAAUCAAUCUCAAUGAUCUAUCCGGAUUCGACAAUCAUGAUGGAUUGGUAAAUGUUACAUCGAGUGGAAAUAAUGUUUUAUCAAUAAAUGAUAAUCGUCUAUCGACCCAAUCAAAUACUAAGCCAACAUCGGAUUAUGUAAAACAAAAAUUGAAUUCAUUCGUUAGUGAACGUAGUAGUAAUGUGCAACAGCAACAACAUCAGGUGAUAUUACAACAGCAGCAAUCACAAACAUCCGUGCCAACAUCACAACAACAGAUUCUAAUACAACAGCCCAACACGCCGCAACAAUCUACUCCGAAUAAUUCGACAUCAUUAUCAAUGGAAGAAGCAUCAUAUGUAGAAUUUGAGGAUUCAUUUUUUGAUCAAUUUGUUGAAACAUCCAAUUCAGCUACAACAAACAGUAUUAACAUGGUGACAAUCACCGGUAAUCAAUUAACGCAAGGACAACAAAUAGUUGGCACUAAUAAUGAUUCGACAAUUGGUCGUAGCAAUUCUAUGGAAAAUGAUCAAAAUCAAGGAUCCAGUUUAUUACAGCAAUUGUUGUCACACGACAGUGGCAAUAGUUGAAUUAUAUCAUCACUCAUAAACAUCCAUUAAUUACCUCCUCACUCGAUUGGAUUUUUUUUUCUCGAAAUUUUCAAAUUUCAUUUUGCUAUCAAAUAAUUAUAAUAUAAAUCACCAUUAUUAUCACCAAACAUCAAUUGACAAUUGGAUCGUUCAUUG